CAGUUCGGCUUCUUUGCUUCAAAGCAGAGCGCGGUGAGAGCAGCAGCGGCGACGCAGUUCCUCCGGAUCAGAACCGGGAGAUCGGGGCUCCUUCGGCCGAAGCGCUCGACCAGGGAACGAGGCGACGUCAGAAGAGGGAGAAAUCAUUCGGAUCGUGCAGCGGCUCGCGCGGCUUCCAGUCAUGAGAGGUGGUGGCAAUACCAAUUGGAUAAUGCUGAUGGCUUCGGCACUGACCAUGUUUUGGGCCAAUGCAAAGGAUACAGAAGAUCACUGCUUACCUGGAGGGAAGCACAAAGUCAAUCCAAGCGCAGAAGAAGAGUUGGGUAUCUGCCAGAUUUAUGCAGAAAAUGCCUGUUGCUCACCAGAAGUUGCCCAGGAACUUUCUAAAGCUAAUGCUGGAUCUUGGAAUCGUUGUGGAAGCCUCAGCAUCAGGUGUGAGGAGUACCUUUGGCAAUUGGAUUGUUUUUACCACUGCUCCCCCAUUGCUGCUCAAUGGCUUCAUCCUCAACAACCCACAGCCCUGAUGGGAGUACCUCUCUGUCAGAAUUUCUGUGACCAGUGGUACGAUGCUUGCAGAGAAGAUCUGACCUGCCUUGGCAACUGGCCCUGGGGAGCUGAUGGACAUAACUGCAGUCAGGAAUGUCAUUCCUUUGGCCAGAUGUAUAAGGAUGGCAAGGAGCUGUGUGAGAACAUCUGGCACGAUGCUUUCAUAGUAAGCACUGACCCUUGCCACUGCCUGAUGCUGGAUGCCUCUGACACAGCCUUCUCCACCUCUUAUUCUCACCUCAAAGAGAGCAACAGCCUAAAAGAGAUAGACAUGAACAAGGCAGGCAAGGAAAGAAAAGAUCGUGUGAGCCCUUGCAGGGGCAACCUUUUACUUCAGCGUCUGAGAAGAAAUCUGCAGAAGCGUUCUAUUUUUGUGGAAGACAUGGAGGGAAGUGGAAGUGGAUUCUAAUCCAAGGUAACCAUCCUUCCUGAAGAAAAAAAGCCCCCUCUCCAAUGAUUGCCUGGGGCUUGGGGGGAUCGCUUGUGAUCUAUGCAAUUCUGUCACAUCCUAUACUACCAGCUUCCUGCCAUCUUCUACAACUCUGUGCAUCUCAUGGCGUAGACUGUGAAUCUGGCACCUUCCAGGACUCUGAGCCCUAUGCCCUAGCAGUAGAGGUUAGAUGAUUAGAGCACCUCUUGGGAACUUUCCUAGAACCAAGAUUUCCCCCAAUAUUCAGAGUAGAAAAGGUGUUAGAGAAUAGUAAGCAUUUCCCUCUCCAUAUUCUUUGGGUCCUAAGAGCUGGCUCAAGGAAGUCAUCAUAGAACACAAAAGGCCAUUCAUGAGCAUUAGCUGAAGGGAAAGCAGCCUUCAUAGGCAUUAGCUGAAGGAAAAUAUCUGUAAGGGAGAGAUCGAACAAGGGGGAGUUGGGGGUGGAAUGAAACAAUCAAUGCUGGAAAAGUUAGCCUUGGUUGUUGCCAUGGCUUCAAAUACAAUUGCAAGUAGGACUCAAGUAAAAUGGAAGGAUCUUCCUGAGCGCAAAAAGAAAAGGGGAAAUAGGGAAAGUUAGCUUAGAGACCAGCAUGGCUGACUUUCUUGUUGCAUUUUUAUGCUGGAAAGCAAUGGUUACUGGG